AUGGAAGCACCAAGACCAACAUAUGAAGACGACGACUCAUCGGACUCCAACUCCGACCACUCUCCUAAGUUGUCUCUUCCCACCAAUUCCAAUCCCCAAACGGAGGAGAUGCUGUCGUCUCCUCUCCCUCCGCCUCCUGUUUCUCUCCUCCACCCUCCCAAUUCCCUUGGAUCUUUGGAUUACUUACAAAGUGGUCAGCCCAGUAGAGUGAGAAGCUUCCCUCACGUCGAAGGCAACUAUGCUUUGCACAUUUACAUUCCGGAUACUUUUUUUGAAUGGCCACAAGCUUCAUCCGUAGUUCCUCAAUUUUUGAAGAGAGUUUCAUCCGUGGUUCCCAAUCUCCAUGUUGUGGAUAUUGAUGUUCCAUUGGAUACACUGUGUAAAGAAGAGCAUAAACUUGAACAAGUGGCACUAGGAAGGGAAUUCCAUAUAAGUUUAGGAAGGACAGUUCCUAUUAGAGUUCACCAGAUUGACUCUAUUGUGACAAUGCUUUGCCAAAAACUUCAAUUUCAAAAGCGGUAUUGGAUUGAUUUUAACAAAUGGGAGGUUUUUAUCAAUGAUGAUCGAACGCGCACCUUUCUUUCACUCGAAGUCGUUACAGGAGGAUUACCCGAGAUAACUAAGCAAAUUCAGGCUGUUAACGAGGUUUACAAGCUUCACAAUCUUCCCGAGUUCUAUAAGGAUCCAAGGCCUCAUAUAUCAUUGGCUUGGGCACUAGGUCACGUUAGUGGUUCCUUUAAGAAAGUGGUCGAGCAGGAAACAAAGUCAUCCGGCUUUAGAGGUUCCUUACAGAGUCGUAUUUGUACAAGUAAAGUUGGUGGCAUUGAGUGUAAAAUUUGUAAUAGAACACAUAUAAUAUGUAAAUCUCCCAAUCAAUGAUAGAAUCUCUUCAAACUCUCAAGAUGCAGCCAUCUUAGUUUCUUUAUGUUACUUUAUCUGUUAUUUAUGAAAAUCCUGAUAUAGUAUUUGCAAUUAGGUCAUCAUGGACCAUCAUAAACGUUUUCCCUCUGUAUGGCUAACAGGUGCUUUGCUUGUAACCUUGACACUAAUCAUUACCCUUGUCUUAC